UCUUGAAUGAGAGGAGAUCUUUUUUUCAGAUGAAUUAAAAGAAAAAAAUGAGAGGAGAUCAAUAAAAGAGAAACUUUGAAAACUCAGAAGGUUUAGCCCAAACCCAAACUAUUUGGGUCAAUCAAGGCAGGUAAAGCUGGGUCUCAUCUUUCGUUGUCAGCCCAAUACCAUAGCAGAAACAGAGAAUUUGGAUAAAUCCAAACAAUUGGCAUAAACUUGAAAGCUGAAGACUAAACAGGUCUGUGUACGGAAAAAAUCUAAACACCAAAAUUAGGAACAGAAGAAGCUAGCUCAUGAGGUGCAAACUGAACAGGAUAACCAAAGAUGCAAACCCUUUUUCAGCCCUGUAAGUCUUUAUCUUUCCAAAACAUUUCAUUACCACUUAAUACUAACAAUUUCAUUGUCUCAUGCAACUCUUCUGUCCACGCCAAAUGCUUUCAUUCCUCAAGUUUUCAAUUGUUUUCUAGUAUUGGGUUACUCAAAAGUCUGUCUUUUUCCAAAAAUUCUCCACUUUGGAGAAGUACCCAGAUCUCUUUUUGCUCUCAAAAUGAUACCUUUGAUAAUUUAUCAAGUACUCAAGUGCCUGAGGAGCAGGAAGAAGAUAGAAUUCGAGAGAAUGAAGAGCUUGAAUUGUUAAAUAAGCCUUCUCCUGUAGUUAUAAAUAAUGGGUUAAGUAUAGAAGUUGAUAAAGAAUCUGAAACAAUUGAUAAAGAUGAGGCUUUAGCCCCUUUUUUGAAGUUCUUUGAGCCUAGAGAUUCAUUAGAAGAAAUAAAGGAAGAGGGUAAGGAAUUGGGUGUUAUAGAGGGGAAUAGUAAUGGGAAUAAUGAAGAUAAAGAAGCUAAGAAGGUUAAUGUGGACUACUAUGAGCCAAAACCUGGUGAUUUCGUUGUAGGUGUUGUGGUUUCAGGUAAUGAGAGUAAGCUAGACGUAAAUGUUGGGGCAGACUUGUUAGGCACAAUGUUGACAAAGGAGGUGCUGCCUUUGUAUGACAAAGAGAUGGAAUAUUUGUUGUGUGAUAUGGAGAAGGAUGCUGAGCGAUUUAUGGUUAGAGGGAAGAUCGGAAUUGUUAAAGAUGAGGCCGCUAUGAGUGGAGGACCAGGGCUAGGAAGGCCGGUUGUGGAGACUGGAACCAUACUGUUUGCGGAAGUUCUUGGAAGGACAUUAAGUGGCCGGCCAUUGCUUUCGACUAGACGUUUAUUUCGGCGGAUAGCUUGGCAUCGAGUGAGUCAGAUAAAAGAACUGAAUGAACCUAUUGAGGUUAGAAUUACAGAGUGGAACACUGGGGGUUUGCUUACGAGAAUUGAGGGAUUGCGGGCUUUUCUCCCAAAGGCUGAGUUAAUGAACAGGGUGAAGAAUUUCAAGGAGUUGAAAGAAAAUGUGAGUCGUCGAAUAAAUGUACUGAUUACUCGAAUAAAUGAGGAUAACAAUGAGCUAAUACUGAGUGAAAGGGAAGCUUGGGAAAUGUUAAACCUUCGGGAGGGAACGCUUCUUGAAGGAACUGUUAGGAAAAUAUUUCCAUAUGGAGCCCAAGUAAGGAUUGGUGAAACCAACCGAAGUGGGCUGCUGCAUAUCUCAAACAUCACACGGAGCCGAGUUACUGCCGUCAGUGACUUGCUUAAAGUUGAUGAGAGGGUCAAAGUUCUCGUUGUGAAAUCAAUGUUUCCUGAUAAAAUUUCGCUCAGUGUUGCUGACCUUGAGAGUGAGCCAGGCCUCUUCGUAUCAAAUAAAGAGAAAGUGUUUGCUGAGGCAGAAGAAAUGGCAAAGAAGUAUAGACAAAAGCUACCUGCUGUAUUAGCCACUCGUAAGUCAGCAACCCCUCUAAGCAGCACCUUAACUUUUGACGACGAAGCAACUAUGUAUGCAAAUUGGAAGUGGUUCAAAUUUGAAAGGGAUUAAUGAAGCUUACUGAUCUAACAUUACGCUAUCCCAUUAACUAAUUUGGAGGGCGGAGAAGUCAAGCCUCAUUCGUCACUCCUCCAGUCACUCUAAACCCAAAAUGGGCACUGGUGGGGAAAAAAAAGGAAGGAGCCUUUUAUCAGGCAAGAGUAAGAGUUCUCAAUGUGCAACAGGAAUGAAAUUUAUAGGGCUUUUUUUUUUUUUGUGCACUGCUAUUUCCAUUAUUUAGAGAAGCGACAACAGCAUAUGAUGAUUGAUAAUCAUAGCCUCAGCCUGGACGUGAGCUCUGUCCAGUUGUACAAAUACAACGUGUAUUAAGCAUCAAAUUCUUUUCACACUGAUAAAUUCUAAUUCUUUUACAAGCAAUUGUGAGAUUCAUGUUUCUGGCGA